GGCUUCUUCUCAUCACGUAGAAGGUGGACCGAGGGGGGAUCUCAUGGAGCGACCCUGAUCCCUGCAGCAGAACGCCGUUUUUUCUUUUUCCUCUACACCCGGGAUCUGUUUGGACCACCGGAGGCUUGACCACCAUGAUGUCUGCGCGAGGGAAGGGAGUCCUGACCAAAGACAGCGUCAGUCUGCUGCCCUGUUUCUAUUUUGUAGAGCUGCCGAUCCUGGUGUUGUCUAUGGUUAGUAUUUAUUUCCUGGAGUGGACGGAUGUGUUCAAGCCAGUUAAAUCUGGUUACAACUGUCACGACCGCAGCCUGAGUCUACCCUACAUCGACCCUAACCACGAGGUCGUCCCUUUGCUGAUGCUGCUCAGCCUGGCAUUCGCUGGACCAGCCAUCACCAUUAUGAUUGGAGAGGCCAUCCUGUUCUGCUGCCUUUCACGUAGGAAGAGUGGUGCCGGGACUGAGGCCAACAUUAAUGCAGCUGGCUGUAACUUCAACUCCUUCAUACGCAGAGCCUUCCGUUUUGUUGGUGUUCACACGUUCGGCCUUUGUGCGACAGCUCUUAUUACUGACAUCCUCCAGCUGAUGACAGGCUACCCAACACCCUACUUUCUCACCGUCUGUAAACCCAACUACACCACGCUGAACAUGAGCUGUGAGCAGAACCCUUAUGUCAUAGAAGAGAUCUGCUCUGGGGCAGACCUGACAGCCAUCAAUCAGGGCAGAAAAUCCUUCCCAUCGCAGCAUGCAACGCUUGCGUCCUUUGCCGCUGUUUAUGUUUCGAUGUAUUUCAACAGUACACUGACAGACUCGUCCAAGCUGCUCAAGCCCCUGCUGGUCUUCUCCUUCAUGAUGAGUGCAAUCAUUUGUGGUUUGACUCGGAUCAUUCAGUACAAGAACCACGCCAUUGAUGUUUACCUGGGCUUCCUGAUUGGAGGUGCUAUUGCUGUGUACCUGGGGUGGUAUGCUGUUGGAAACUUUCAGUCCAGCGAUGAGUCCAGCAGCUUGCCUCCCUCACUUGUACAUCACCCUCCCUGUUCGUUGCCUCAUGUAACUCAGGAGGCCAUUCUGCACCACCUGCAGAUGAAAGCCUGCAUGGCGCCUGAAACCAGCAUACCCACCUCCCACUCUGAAGGCCUCCUCCACCGAGGCCUGCAGCAACAGAGGCCCGAAGACAGCCUGAAGCGUUCCGGUCCAAACGUAGACGUGAUCUCCUCACGUAGCCCUCCAAGCAAAGAUGCCAUCAUGACUUUUAGCCACACUCUCCCCAGGGUUCACACUCCUCAGGCCAUAGCAGCAUAUGAGGAAGCCGCCCGACGCCACGCUGCCACUCUCCAUCACGCCUCCAUGGACUCCAGCCGCUCCAAACAGCUUCUGUCUCAAUGGAAAAGCAAGAACAACAACCACAAGUGCUCCAUGACUGCCCCAGAUUCCAUUUCCUCCUCUAUGGAUUCCUCAUCAGGCCAGUCCUCUCAGCAUCUUCAUCAUGGCAGCAUGGAGCUCCGAUCCAGCUCUGAACCGUCAGCUGGCGGCCUCAAUGGGGUCCUUGAUAAUCUUGCAUACCUGUCCAAGCUGCCAACAGGUACUAGUACCACGCUGCCCAGCAACUGCAGUGGCAUCACUGGAGGGGCCAGAAUAUCCAUGCAGCCUAGACCCGGGUCUUCACAGCUAGUCCACAUACCAGAAGAGGCUAAUGAACUUUACAACACCUCCCAGAGAAAAAUGGAGGUAGGAGGAAGUGAGUUAAUGUCAACAGGAAAUAGCACAAUUCAGACUAACUGGCAAAAAGCAGCUGAGAAGACCACAGCUUACAGAACUAACGAAAAUAUGCAGAGCAACCAGCCACGGAUCCUGCAAGUUAUUGCCAUGUCCAAGCAGCAGGGGCUCCUCCAAACCCACUCCAAAAGCUUAGACGAAAGCAGCAUGGGCUGCAAUUCUGACGGCACCUGCCAGAGUGCUGCUAGAUGCAGGGCAUUAACCGAUCAAGAUCCUUCCAACACCACAGGGCCCGGCUCACUGGGCAGCACCACAGGCAGUAUUUCAGGAAGCACUGGAGCCAUUGUCAGAAUUGAGGCCCAUCCUGAAAACAACAGGCCCGUAAUCCAAGCUCCAUCCACUGACGGAAGUGGAUCGUGGAGGUGGAGGUCUCUGGAUCAUGGCACUGGAGUUAGUGGAAGCACAGGAACGAGCUGCCUCGGACCAGGUGCAGGACCUGGGGCUUUGAGGCAGUCUUUUGAGCACACUGAUCCAAACCUGGAUUCAGAAAGCUCAGACUCGAGACAAGGUUCCAUUGACAGGAAACGCAGCAAUCACAUCGUUACCACGACGUCUACCGUCGGGACUCCACCCAUCGUUACUGUUCAUGCCCAGAAUAUUGCCCAGUCAGAGCAGAGGCUCCACCCUCAGGGCUUCUCUACCAUCAGGGUCACUCCAGGAGAUGGUAAUGUUUCAGGAGCAGAAGGCGGUGGUGGAGAUUCUGCUUCAGAAGUUCCUUCGGUGGCUUCCAGCCGAGAGUCAACACUGAGAAGAAAAGGCAAUAUCAUUCUGAUCCCAGAACGAGCCAACAGCCCUGACAAUGCCAGGAACAUUUUCUACAAGGGAACGUCCAUCACGCCUGCUUUUAAGGACUAAAACAAUGAGAGGGGAAGAUGUAGCAAAUGAGGUGGAACCGCUGUAUUUUAACAGAAUGCAGUUAGUAUUACCCAUCAAAGUAUAUCAAUUUAAAAGCAAAGUUUUUAUGUAGCAUGAUUUUUAUACAUGUUUACACUAAAGCACAACCGUUUACAUGUUGUAGAAA